AUGGAAAAAGAAAAUUUCCCAUUGGCAUGUUGGGCUCCAAUACCCACACAGGUCUUUUUAGGUUUGGAAGAGAGGGCAGAAAAUGGAUGGUCUGGAUUAAUGAAGAUUGGCGCCGGGAGGAUUAGGCACAGUACAGUAGCCGUUGUUAGUUUGAUGGGUUUGAGAGAACCACUUGGUCGAGUCCACCGUCGAAGUGGGAUCUCUCAGAGAUUCAAUCCAGGUACCACUGGUUCAGAGCUUGAUUCCCACCCACACGAGUCGCUGCCUGGGAUAUGGCCGAACCCCCCGGUCAAGCUUGAAGGGUCAUAG